AAACAAUCAUGUCAUCUAAACAAACGAAAACCAAGGCAGUCUUUUUCGACUUUAUGGGCACGUGCCUCGAUUGGCACGCCAGCGUCGUACAGUCUUUGCCCUCAUCGAUUCCCGAAGCCGAAGCGUCUGGGCUUGCUCUAGAAUGGCGCAGACAAUACUUCCUCGAAAACGAUCAGCGAUUCCGCCAAAACCUCGCACCCGAGGAUAUUGACAUCACCCUGGCGCGUGUCUUCGAAGCUGUACUGACCGUGUCAUACCCAGCCUACGUAUCUCACUUUGACAUCAACACCAAAAAGCGAAUCAUCGAAGCAUGGCACUUCCAGCCCCCCUGGCCAGAAGUCCAACAAGCAAUACGCAGUCUCCGAGAAGAUCUCGGCCUGGAAGUGUUCGUCCACGCCAACGGGACCACUCGUCUUCAGCUUGACCUUGUCCGUUCCUCGGGUCUGACUUUCAACAUGUUAUUUUCCAGUCAGCUACUCGGGCUCUAUAAGCCUAAUCUUGAAGCGUAUGAGAAAGCAUUACAGCUUGUCAAGCUUCAACCGGAAGAAGUGGUGAUGGUUGCAGCGCACGCGUAUGAUCUGCGAGCAGCGAAGAAGGCCGGCAUGAAGACUGUUUACAUUUAUCGCUGGACGGAUGAUAUUGACGAGGACAUGGAGGAAGUGAAGAAAGAGUUUGAUGUGUUUUUGGAGGGGAUGGAGGCGCUUCCUGCUACGAUUGCGGGGCUGUAAAUCAAGUCCACUCAGUGCUUUAUCUACCUUGAGGAUGUCAAUCACUAUAUUGAUACACGGGGCCCAGACAGCAUUCAUUCGUUCAUGACGAAUCAUUGCCACCGUUAAAAUGCAUGGCAAUUUGUUUCUGGUAGCUCAUAGUAUGUAGGAUCAAUUUCACCAAAUCCGAGUAUCAUUUGCCCCCACUUCCAGAUUUGGAAAGAACGAAGAAAAUCCCAAUUUGGUUAGUGUUGAACACCUCACGAUCUGAUACGGUCGUCCUUUGCGACCCCUUUUCACUAGUAUCAACUCUCAAGGCAAAGACAAAAUGGCACGCCCCAAACAAACAGCCCGAGGGCCAAAGCAUGAAUUGAG